UUUUUUUUAUUCCAUGACUUCAUUCCAUUUACUUGAGACUAUCCUCUAUGACCCGAAAGAGGGUUUUUUUCUUCUUGACUAUCAUUGUGAACGAAUGAUCAAUUCGGCCAAGGCUUUAGGAGAAUUUUUUGCAACUGAUCCAGAAAAAUUUUUACGCGACCUGAUCCCCACACAUUCAGAGAUAUCGAAUAAACUGGAUGUCGCCAUCAAGAACCUAGGCAGAAAUAUACGUCAGCGAAUACGAGUGUUACUUGACUUUGAUGGAGCAAUCUCAAUUCAGUCCAGUCAAUUGCUUUCGGAGACUAAUGACUUUUCAGAUUCUUCUAUCAUUGUAGUCCUGGAUACAGAAGCAACAAAUAGCGACAACCCCUUUUUACAUCAUAAGACUACAGAGCGGGCUGUUUAUAAUGAUGCACGGGACAGACUAAAGCUUGGUCCCAUUGGGCCACCUGGAACAACAUCGGGACCAUACGACGUGAUUUUAUACAAUCAGAACAACGAAAUCAUGGAGACAUCCAUUGCUAAUAUUGCUGUCGAAAUUGUCGAUCCAGAAUCAGGAAAGCUAGAGUGGAUCACACCUCCAUUGUCCUCAGGUCUUUUAUGUGGCACAAUGCGACGAUAUCUACUGGAGAAAGGAGAACUGCGUGAAGGAAUCAUUAAAGUGGAUGAUCUAAAGAAAGCAGCAUUGGAGGGCAGAAAGAUAAAGUGCUUCAAUUCUGUACGCAAGGAAUAUCCGGUGACUUUACAACUAUAAACUCUUUUUAUUACUAUUAAUAUUAUGG